GCCACCAGUCAGGGCUGAUCAGUUAGCUUUGUACACAGACUCCGUUUCUUUGGUUCUCCAUUUAUCCUUUUUGGCUUUCAAACUGCUCUCCAGUCAUGUCCAUUACUUCUUGUUUGUGUAUGUUGUUUCUCUCUUCUUCUUCCCUUAGCAUUCAGGAAAGAUAGUCAAGAAUUAUCUGGUUUUUUGUCUCUUUGGAUAGAAUUUCUUUCUCUUUGUUUCUGAAGAUUCGUGCCUUAUUCACAUCAGUUAGUGGCGAAGACUAAAAGAUCUGACUCAUCAGCCGGUACUGUUUACACUUUUCCAUACAACUAAAAGCAAGUGUUUUAUAGAAGAGUCUUCUGUGAAAUGGCAACAACGAUACAACAUGGGUCUUUCCUUAAAGCACUGCUUUUAUAGCUUUCUGUGGAGUCACUAUGCAAAGGUUUAGUAACAUUAGUCUGGAAGUUAAACAGCCUAGUCCUGAGUUUCUUUUUCUUUCUUCUUUAGUCCUAAGUAUUCUUUUUUUAACAACAGUUUUGGUGUAAUUAAUAUUCCUUCAUUGUGUGUAUUUUUAUUUGUUUUAAUCAAUUUUAUAAUUUAAAAAAUUUUGCGAACACCAAGGGAGAUUUAAACUGUUCUAAAAUAUCCAUAGGCAGUAAAUACUUAACUCUGAAAAAAUUUAUACCCAAGAGCUACAUGGUAAUAUUAGAGUUGUAUUAGGUAGGUGGUCAUCAACAAUAUAUACCCCUGUCUUUGAAGGUCAAAGGGACAUUAACAUUUUUUUCCUUAUCUAGUGGUGUGUUUAGCUUUAUAGGAAAGGAGAAUUCAGGAGCUGCCACACAGGCCGGAUCUUUCAUGACUCCCGUCCUCUUCUAACCCAGUGUAUCUUCAGAGUUGUCUACAUUUUUCCAAGAACAGCUGAAAAUGAAUAAAUCCCAGAUUGAACCGAAAUUCCAAGGAUCAGUAUCCUUUAAAGACGUGACUGUGGGCUUCACCCAGGAGGAGUGGCAGCACCUGGAUUCAACCCAAAGGUCCUUGUAUAGAGAUGUGAUGCUGGAGAACUACAGGAACCUUGUCUCAGUGGGGUAUUGUAUUACCAAACCAGAGGUGAUCUUCAGACUGGAGCAAGGAGAAGAGCCAUGGAUAUUGGAGGAAGAAUUCCCAAGCCAAAGCUUCUCAGAAGUCUGCAAAACUGAUCGCAUGAAAGAAAGGAGCCAAGAAAACCAGCCUAAACACAUAUGGAAAGUUGUAUUGAUCAAUAACAAAAGUCUGACUAAAGAACAAGGUAAUGUACUAGGAAAGUCACUUGAGUUGGACACAAAUUCUUUUCCUCACAGAAAAAUACUCUGUCAUUGUGGCUCAUGUGGAAUGAGCUUCAACUAUAUUUCAGAAUUGGUUAUUGAUAAAAACUCUUUAGGAAAAAAGACCAAUGAAUUUAAUGCCUGUGGAAAAUUGCUACUCAAUAUUAAACAUGAGAAAACUCAUACUAGAGAAAAAAAUGAAUUUUUUAAAAGUGGAAAAAUUGUCAGUCAUAAUGAGGAUUCUGUUCAGCUUGAGAAGAUUCAAACUUUAGAGCAAAAUUUUGCAUAUAACAUACAUCAAGAAACCUUCAAUGAAAAGGUAGUAUUCAAUACAUACAAGACAGAGAUCACUGAAGAGAAUGACUGUGCAUAUGAUGAACAUGGGAGAAGAUUCUGUGAUAGCUCAUCCUUCUUGUUCCAUCAGAUAACUGCCUCAAAGGAAAAUCACUAUGAAUUUGGUGAUUGUGGGAAAUCCUUAUGUGUGAAGUCCUCCCUUUUAAAACAUCAUGAGGCACAUUUGAAACACUGUGAAUAUGGUGAAAUUGGGAAUAAUUUCAGGAGGAAGUUCUACCUCUCACAGCUUCAGAAAACUCAUAAAGGAGAGAAGCACUUUGAAUGUAAUGAAUGUGGCAAAGCUUUUUGGGAGAAGUCACACCUCACUCGACAUCAAAGGAUUCACACAGGAGAGAAACACUUUCAGUGUAAUGAGUGUGGAAAAACUUUCUGGGAGAAAUCAAACCUCCCUAAACAUCAGAGGUCACACACAGGGGAGAAACCGUAUGAAUGCAGUGAAUGUGGGAAAACCUUCAGCCACAAGUCAGCCCUCACAUUACACCAGAGAACACAUACGGGCGAGAAACCCUAUCAGUGUAAUGCAUGUGGGAAAACUUUUUAUCAGAAGUCAGACCUCACUAAACAUCAGAGAACACACACAGGACUAAAACCCUAUGAAUGUUAUGAAUGUGGGAAAUCUUUCUGUAUGAAUUCACACCUUACAGUACAUCAGAGAACUCAUACAGGUGAGAAACCCUUUGAAUGUCCUGAGUGUGGGAAGUCUUUCUGUCAGAAGUCACAUCUUACACAACAUCAGAGAACUCAUAUAGGAGAUAAACCCUAUGAAUGUAAUGCAUGUGGGAAAACUUUCUACCACAAGUCAGUACUCACCAGACAUCAGAUAAUUCAUACAGGUUUGAAACCUUAUGAAUGUUAUGAAUGUGGGAAAACCUUCUGCUUGAAGUCUGACCUCACAGUACAUCAGAGAACUCACACAGGGGAGAAACCCUUUGCAUGCCCUGAGUGUGGAAAAUUUUUCAGCCAUAAGUCAACCCUAUCUCAACACUAUAGAAUCCAUACAGGGGAGAAACCCUAUGAAUGUCAUGAAUGUGGAAAAAUCUUCUAUAAUAAAUCAUACCUAACUAAACAUAAUAGAACACAUACAGGGGAGAAGCCCUAUGAGUGCAACGAAUGUGGGAAAACCUUCUGCCAGAAGUCACAGCUCACUCAGCACCAGAGAAUUCACAUAGGGGAGAAACCCUAUGAAUGCAGUGAGUGUGGAAAGGCUUUCUGCCAUAAGUCAGCUCUAAUUGUACAUCAGAGAACACAUAUAGAAGAAAAGCCCUAUAAAUGUAACGAAUGUGGUAAAUCUUUUUGUGUGAAGUCAGGACUUACUCUGCAUCAGAGGAAGCACACAGGAGAAAAGCCCUAUGAAUGUAACGAAUGUGGGAAAUCCUUCAGUCACAAAUCAUCACUCACUGUACAUCACAGGGCUCACACAGGAGAGAAGUCUUGUCAGUGUAAUGAAUGUGGGAAAAUUUUUUACCGUAAAUCAGACCUCGCUAAACAUCAGAGAUCACACACAGGGGAGAAGCCCUAUGAAUGUAACACAUGUCGGAAAACCUUUUCUCAGAAGUCAAACCUUAUUGUACAUCAGCGAAUGCACAUAGGAGAAAAACCUUAUGAUUGAAUGAGGACCAGCACGUCCCAGCGCUUGUUACCAGGUGUACUCUCUCAGCUCUCUACAUUCCUCCAGAAGCAACAGAAAAUGAUCACAUCACAGGGAUCAUUGUCAUUCAGGGAUGUGACUGUGGGCUUCACUCAGGAGGAGUGGCAACACCUGGACCCAGCUCAGAGGAUGCUGUACAGGGACGUGAUGCUGGAGAACUACAGCCACCUCAUCUCAGUGGGGUACUGUAUCCCUAAGCCAGAAGUGAUCCUCAAAUUGGAGCAAGGAGAGGAGCCAUGGAUAUUAGAGGAAGAGUACUCAAGGCAGAGUGUCCCAGAAUUAAUUAACAGCAGCAGAAACUAUUCAAGAAAGAAGUUUGAGUUUAACAAAAGUAGAAAAUGGUUCCAUGAUGACAAGCAUGAAAGAAUUCAUUAUGGAGAGAAGUCUUAUGAAUAUAAUAAAAAUAAGAAUGGCCUCUGUCUUAAUGAAGAGUCUGUUCAGCAUCAAAAAAUUCAAAUUUUGGAGCAGCCUUUUGAAUACAGUGAAUGUAGGAAAGCUUUCCAUGCGAAUUCACUCUUUGUUAAACGUAAGAAACCUUACACAGGACAGAACACCUGUGAAUACACUGAAUACAGAAAAACCUGUGAUAUGUCACCUUUCAUUGCUCAAAGAACACAUCCAAAAGAGAAUCACUACAAAUUUAAUGAAUGUGGAGAAACUUUCUUUGAGGACUCCAUUCUCUUUGAACACAGUGUUCACCCUUUGAGCCAAAAGUCAGACCUGACUCCAAUUCAAAGGACCCACUCAGUUGACAGUAUAAUUGAAUAUAAUGAAUAUGGAACCUUUUUCAAUGAAAACUUAGUCUUUGGUGCACAACAGAGCAUGCACACAGGAGAGAAACCCUAUGAAUGUCAUGAAUGUGGAAAAACAUUCAACCAGAAGUCAGCCCACAUAAGACAUCAGAGAACCCACACAGGGGAGAAAUCCUAUGAAUGUCAUGAAUGUGGGAAAAGUUUCUACAAGAAUUCAGACCUCAUUAAACAUCAGAGAAUUCAUACAGGGGAGAAACCUUAUGAAUGUCACGAAUGUGGGAAAUCCUUCAGUGAAAAGUCAACCCUCACCCAACACCAUAGAACACACACAGGGGAGAAACCAUAUGAAUGUCAUGAAUGUGGGAAGGCCUUCUCAUUUAAGUCAGUUCUUACUGUACAUCAGAAGACACACACAGGGGAGAAGCCCUAUGAAUGUUAUGAAUGUGGGAAGGCCUUCCUAAGAAAAUCAGACCUCAUUAAACAUCAAAGAACUCACACAGGAGAAAAACCUUAUGAAUGUAGUGAAUGUGGGAAAUCUUUCUCUGAGAAGUCAACUCUCACUAAACAUUUGAGAACUCAUACAGGUGAGAAGCCCUAUGAAUGUACUGAAUGUGGAAAAUUUUUCUGCUAUUACUCAGGUUUCACAGAACAUCAGAGGAGACACACAGGAGAGAAACCUUUUGGAUGUAAUGAAUGUGGGAAAAAUUUCCGUCAGAAGUCAGCUCUAAUUGUUCAUCAGAGAACUCAUGUAAGACAGAAACCCUAUGAAUGUAAUGAAUGUGGAAAAUCAUUCUGUGUGAAGUCAAAACUCAUUGCACAUCACAGAACACACACAGGGGAGAAACCCUAUGAAUGUAGCGUUUGCAGAAAGUCAUUUUAUGUGAAGUCAAAACUUACUGUACAUCAGAGAAUACAUUUGGGAAGAAACCCUAUAGCUAUAAUAAAUGAGGGAAAUCACUCUGGGUGAAGUCAACGGUUUAUGGAACAAAGAACACCAAGUUGGGAGAAAAAUCUGUUAAGAUUUCGAGAACACCUUUGGUCUAAAAUCAGUUCUUAAAACACAUCAGAGAACUUACUGAGGGGAGAAAAUAAUGUGAAGAUAUUAAGGACAUAGAAAAAUCAGAUUUUCUGCUGGAGUUAAGCUCAGAUAGAGAAGACCUAUUGGUGAAUGAAUACAGGGAACAUUCUGCCCAAAACCACACCUCAGUAAAUAUCAGAGAAAUCAAGGUAAACACUCUUACCAGUAUUUGUAGAAAAGACUUCAUCCACAGGCCAGAGAAAAUGCACCAACUAUAAGAAAUUAUAGAAAAGCAUUUACUUUGAGGUGAUAAUUUUAUUGGAGUUGCAUGAAAUGUUUGAAGUAGCAUCUCAGUGGACAUCAGACAGUAAUUACCAGAAAAAUACUUCUGUUUUAAAUGGGCAGAAGCUCUAGGUUAAAUCUAAUCAUAAUCAGUGAAAUUUGAAGAAUGCCUGCAUUUAGACACAGCAUUUAUACAGUGUGGCCCAAUGCUCAGUGUGCUGUUCCUUCCAAUUUAGAGUAUUAGAUGUGAACUGGAAUCAAUGGUUGUAAGGAAUUCAAAUGUCUGCUUGUCCUCCUACAGGCCUCCCCACAGGUCUGCCAUGGUGGGGGCGGGGUGAGAAAGGUGUUCUGUCCACCUGCAUCAAGAGUGCUGAGUGCAGGUGAAAAAGACAGCAUGGCUGAUGUGUUGGUAACACUGGGCAGGUAAGUAAAUAUGUGAAGGAUACUGAAAGUCAGAUUUCUCACUGUUGUUGGGAAAGGUGUCUGUUAAAAUGGAAACAGGAGAAGCUAGAAAAUGUCUUGGAGGGUUGGACUGGACUAUAACUCAUUUUAAAUACACUGAAAUAGUUAU